AUGAAUUUCGAUAACGCUUAUAAUUCUUCUAGGGAUCCCAUUCCCGGCUUUAAUAUGAGUCGCGUUCAAGGUGUAGAGAAUUUUAAACGAAACGAACACUUUUUAUACCUUAAACAGGAAUUUGAUCCUGAUCACGCUUCAAAUGAUCCAAAUUCUAACCCCAAAUCAUCUAAUUUCAACUCCAAAACAUCUAAAACACCUAACUUCACUAGUGGAUCCGAGAAGUUCUCAAAGGUUAGACAAUAUAUUCAGGAGAAUAAGGAUUUGAAAUCAAUUGCUAGAGGCAACAAAGCAACCAAAUUGGCCUUUCUUGGCGUAUCUGUUGUUUUCUGUAUUGCCUGCUCUAUUGGACUCUACUGGUGA